GAGUGCAAAACGACGAGGUGGGAGGAGAAGAGAGAGGAGAAGAACAGAGAGGAGAGAGCGGUGCAGCGCACUCAUCAUGCACGCCAGACUGCGUGGACACACGGCACGCGGGGCACAAGGAGGAAGAGGGAGCGGCGGGUGGCGACAAGCGACGGACAAUAACAUAACCGUCAGGUUUUCAGGACGUUAGAUAACAACUUUUUCAAGACCACCGGGUACUUUUUCCCCCGUUUCAAACAUGUCUUAAUUGUAUUAAAAUACUUUAAAUGCCUCGGGACGUUGAGAAAAGCGCGUUGUUUGCGGAAGUAAGUAAAGUUGAGUUGAAGGAAGUUCAGACAGAGAAGGAAAAGUAACCGAAAAGUGGUGUCAAAUUCGAGAGUAUUCCUAGUUCUUCGGACGGGGUCCGAACUUUAGAGAUGGAUACCCACGUAAAAGAGGGACAACUUUACGUUCAACAUCAGAAGUUUGGCAAGAAAUGGAAGAAGAACUGGUUUGUCCUCUAUCCAGCCAGUCAAAAUGGCAUCGCUCGCUUAGAGUUUUUCGACUGCUCAGGGGGCGGGGCCAGCGACAAACCCAACACCAAGAAACUAGACAAGAAGGUUAUACGUCUAUCAGAUUGUAUCUCUAUCCUCCCUGCCCUCACUGAAGCCUGUCCCAAAGACAAUAUGUCCGCCUUUUGUGUGGAGACCAACGACAAGACUCAUGUGCUCGCUGCAGAGAGAAGCGUCAGCACAGAGUGGGUGGAGAAGAUGUGUGAGAUUGCCUUUGGGGGGGUUAGUGGUAGCAGCAGUAGCGUGUCUGACUCUAACGGAAAGACUAAUCUACAGAUGGCUGAGAAUCUCAUCUAUUCCAGCCGAGAAGAGGUGAAUGAGUUCUGGGUAAGUGUGCAGAGGACAGAGGCCUCAGAGCGUUGUGGUCUGUUGGGAACUUACUGGCUGAAGGCCGACAAUGACAGUCUCAUAUUGAAGGAGUCCAAGAGCAAGAGCAGUCUACUGAUCUGGCCCUACAAACUACUGAGGAGAUAUGGACGUGACAAGGUGAUGUUUUCGUUCGAGGCGGGGCGGCGCUGCGACUCUGGUCCGGGGAACUUCAACUUCGAGACCAAACAGGGUAACGAGAUCUUCCUCAUCGUGGAGCAGGCCAUCCAAUCACAGAAAGCCCUGGCCGAGGAGUGCCACCUCAGCUACCAUUUGAGCAGCCUGGAAUCCGACCCUGGCCCUGCCCCCAUUCAGCAACGGAGCGCCGUGGCAACGGGAGGUGGCCUGGUAGUCGACGGCAACACCAGUAUCCGGGAUCUGGAUGGGGAUUCCAGUUCCGGAGGGAGUAAGCCCGGAUCAGCCGAUGGAGUGUUCGGGAGGAGGGAGGGAGAUGGAGGGAAGAGCCAAAAUCAGAACCUUAAAGGGAGGAGUUUACCAGAGCCACCGCCGUUGGUGAUAGGAAUGGGGGGGACGCCCCCGCGCUCACCAAUGCCUCGAGGAGGUAAAGGAGUAGGCGCGACCUCGUCUCAAGAGGAACAGGGGAGUGUGUACUCUGAACCCGCUGACUCUGUCCGUCUCUCCUCUCUCUCCGCCGGCGACUGUCUCUACUCUGACCCCGUUGAUACUAUCAAGACACAGACCCCCAACUCCCUAAACCUUCCGAUCCCCACCCCUCGACUCCGACCCCUCGGCGACGAGGGAGGGGUCACCGGGAUUGGGGGUCGUAACCACGGCAACAACCAGCUCGAUCCCCUCUAUUCGGACCUCUAUGAUCAAAUCAGUUUGGAUCUGAUACAGAAGAUGAGUGUUAUGGGGCUGGAGGAAGGAGGAGGAGGAGGAGGGAGAGGAGGAGGGGGGAGAGGAGGAGGGGGGAACAUGCGUUCUCUCGGGGGUCAGGCGGAAGGAGCAUCGUCAUCGUCACUCACCGACGCCGAACACAUCUAUGAUGAACCAGAGGGGCGAGCAGGAGGUGGUGUUUUGGGAAAAGACAGCCUUCCUCCUCAGCCCCACGAGGGGCUCUACAACCUGCCUACAGACAACUACACAGUCCCCUCCUAUGGAAAACAACCACAGCCUCCUCUCGUCAUCAGAGGACCAGGGGGCUCCAAGUGGCCACCCAAGCCUGCUACCACCCCCAAGCCCAAAAAGGCUGCUCUUCCUCGGAAGGAUCCCGUGCCUCUGCCCCUGGGGAAGGCUGGGCCUGGAGGUCCAACUAACCUGAACAAUAAUAACAGUAGCGGAGGUUUUGGAAUUGGAGGGGCCUGGGGUGUAGUUGGGGGAGGGGGAGACAGGGCCAGGGGUGUAGGUGGGGAAGGAGGAGGGGAAGGUAGGCACACAGAGCUGUACAGUAAAGUGUCGAGACACAAGCCCCCUCCCAAUCCCUGGUACCCCCACACCGGCCUGCGAUCCCCUGAUAUCAUCUAUGACAAUCUGGGAGACAUUUAAGCCCCUAAACAGGACUGGAUGCGCCAAAUGAAAGAAAACAUACUGAAACAGUGAGGACAACCUGGACUUGUCCCAUAAGAAACUCCAUUUUGAACACGACCCAGGAGAUU